GUCGCGGUCGGACUGGUGCUUUGGUUAGCGGCAUUUCCAGAGCUCCGUCCCCCAAUCUUCUGGGCAGAUGGUGGGGUAGCAAACGGUGGAACCCAGCUGGAAUUUCGACUACCUAAUGAACGUCCUAAGCGACGGCGUUUGAUGGGUUUCCCUGAACCAAUGUCCUCAAUUUCUUCUUUUUGGUCAGCAUGGUCCAUUCUGACAAAUUAUCGACGUGUGAAACUGUCAAAAUAUAGAAUAAUAAUGCCAGAUCAAUCGAAACUCGCGGCUUAAUUAUUUCCAAUUGUUAUGUUGCGCCCUCUUGUGUUGCACAAAAAUGGCGGAGUCUGCUAUUGAAACUGUGCGUGUUAUCAAAUCAGCUUUUGGGCGAAAAUUGGUUUUCGCUUCUAAAUUUUCCACUAGAAAAUGUAUCUUUCAAGAAUCUCCAUAUUUGUAUUUAUUGUGCAAUAAGAAAAGGGGACUCUUCUGUGACUUCUGCCUCAAACAAUGUUCUGAUCUUCAGAGGUGUUCCAGUUGCAAGUAUGUGAGGUACUGCAGUAGACAUUGUCAGAAAGCAGACUGGAAGAGAUGCCACAAGCAAGACUGCAAAACACUUAAGAGGAUACAUCCAAGGGUACCUCCGGACCUGGCUCAGCUCCUCUCGCAGAUCAUCCGAAAGCAAAAUAGACCCCCUCCUUCGGACGACGAGGAUCAUUUCCCAACUUCCCUUGAUCAGCUGGAAUCCCACCAUGAUAAGUUGAGCGAUGCAAGAAAGGAUCACUUUCAGAGUUUGUUGUUUGUCUUGAACCAGUGCAUGGAAGGGGCGGUCUUGCCGGAGCCAAGCAGCCUGUUGAAGAUGUUUGCGGCCAUCAUCUGCAAUAGCUUCUCAAUAUGUGAUAACGAUCUGAAUGGAAUAGCGGUUGGUAUUUAUCUGAGAGCAUCAAUGUUAAAUCAUUCUUGUGAUCCUAACUGUGUAGUGGUGUUUGAUGGGAGAAAACUUCAACUCAGGACUAUCAAAGAUGUUAAAGAAGGAGAAGAGUGUACAAUCAGCUAUGUUGAUAUCAUGGACCCAGUUAAAGAAAGGAAGGCUGAACUAGAGGAAAGAUAUCACUUUACCUGCAACUGUGUGAAAUGUAUGGAUGAAAUAAAGGCGUUGGAGCCAGACGAUGGUUUGGAUGAAAGAGUUGAGGGCCUGAAGAAAUCCUUGGAGACAAUACAAGAUGCAGAGAAAUCACAAGAUUGGUCUAAAGUGUUGCUGCUAUGUGAGCCAUACCUGAAGCCUAUGGACUCCUCCAGUCAGGGUCUUCCAGCCAAUCAUCAUCUUCUGGUAAAGCUAAGAGAUAAAGCAUUCGAUGCUUGUAUAGACACGCAAGCAUGGGAGAAGGCUGCCAUGGUCGGACAACUCAAUACAGAACCAUACAGACAUCACUAUGGACCAUACCACCCCAGUUUAGGUAUACACCUUCUAAAGAUGGGUAAGCUGCUACUGUAUCUUGAAAGACUCCAAGAAGCAAGGAAAUACCUUACAGAGGCCGAGAAUGUUUUGGAGGUAACGCAUGGCCCACAACAUACACUGAUGUUAACCCUAGUACAAGAACUCCUAUGUAGUUGCAGGUGAUGAGAGUGGUUAAUCAUUCUCCCGAAGGUCCGAUCUUCUGCCUAUAUCCUUGUUCACCAAUAAGUUAUCCAACCAAAUUCCAGUGAGAGAUUGAUUUCCUCUAGGCUGUGAGAGGUCUAGAAGUAACACAUGCCCACAACAUACCCUGAUGAUAACCAUACUUCAAAAACUCUUAUGUAGUUGCAGGUGAUGAGAGUGCUUAAUCACCCUCCCGAAGGUCACAUCAUCUGCCUAUAUCCGAGUUAACUCAUAAUUUAUCCAGAAAAAUUCCAUCUCCGUUGAUGCCAUUGAGGUGUGGAUUUACUCUAGGCCGAGAGGGUUUUUGAGGUAACGCAUGGCUCUCAACAUGCCCUGAUGAUAACGUUAGUGCAGGAACUCCUCUGUAGUUGCAGGUGAUGAAAGUUUGGCUAACAAUCUUCAUCAAGAUUACAUCUUUAUCCUCAUAACCGGUUGUAUCUCCUUUGAUGCAAACAGGAGAUCAGUUUCCAUUGAUAAUAAAAGCUUCAUUAAAUUGGGGUACUUAGUCAUACAUGUGUUUCUGUAAUGCAAAAUAAACAGUUUCAUAGCAUAUAAAGUAAUGCUUUUUGAAAACUUAACAUUCCAUAUCAAAACCAGGAGUAUUUUGAUCAAAGAUUAAAGUUUCCCAAUUUCAGGAUAAUUCAUGAGAAGUGCCUCUGUGUCGGUGACAUGUACAUGUAUUUCGAAAUUUGAAGGUUGAUAUUGCAGUCCUGGCUUCAGACUCACAACGCUCAACCAAGUAUGAAUCCAGCCAGAUUGGACAAUAGUUUUGAGAGGCCGACUAUUGUGCAAAAGCAAUAUGGCCCCUGAAAUGGCUUUGCGUCUAAUCCGGCUGGAUCCAUGCCUGUGCUCAAUCCAUAACGUGAUUUCAGAAUCGUCAAGAGUGUAGUGUUUAUUCACUCACAAGAAAGAAAUGUUGUGGACAGUUUCACCACAUGCUCAGGUGCUUUUUGAAACAUGUACACAGGAAUAACCAUCGUUUCUGGGGAUUUAUUUAACAAUUUCUGACAUUUUACUAGUGAGUGGAGCCAACGUAGUUCAGCGGAACAUCCAAUAUACAGAGACUGAAGCUUUUGUUCUAGUAUAUACCAGGGUUCUUUGAACUUUAAGUCAAAACUUGUCCCGUGAAGUUAGAUUUAUCUUCACAGAGGUUGGACGUUUCACACCAUUUAAUCUGGUAAGAUCAGUGUAUUCUAUGAUAGGAAUAAUCAAUCCAGUCAUAUAUCCUUGAAAUACAUUUUUGUACUUUAACUUUUGCUUUUUAAUAAAUAUUAUUUAAGACCA